AUGUUUUUCUUACUUAAGAAAAAUCUAAACGAUCUUUAUUUUUAAAGAUUCCAUACCACAAAAAGCAAGAAAGUGUGCAACCAAAUGUAAUUAAUAAUGGUAAGCAAAAUGUGAUAAUCAAUUUAGCAUGUUAAAUUUUAUCAUAUCUAUAGGCCAAUUCAACAGGAUUAUCAACAACUGAAAAUAAUCCUGCUGGUACUUGUAAUUAAAAGGUAGAAAUAGUUGAAAUGAUUUGA